GAUCCCUUCAACCUCACAACUCUCAAAUUUCUUUGCACUGGCUACCAUUACAACCAUGGGAAGAACCAAAUCAACACCUAUCGAUGCAAGAAACUUGGAAUGUAUGAACGCGGCUCGAAUAAUCCCUUCCACAAACUUCAUCGGUAUUAAUGCUCAGGAGAAUCGCGCUGUCAGAUGCAUAAGGGGGCCUCCAUUUGUCACCUUCAGUAACAGCGGAGCCAUAAACGACAUUUACAAAAUUCACAGAAGAGCUCAAACUAGCGACGAUAUCAAUUUCAGGACAAAAUGGACUUCACAAGCCUUACUCCGAGAGGAAGAAAACUGGAUUGCCCAUCAGUACGCAGAUGGGGUUCCUGGAAGCAAACAAAUGAUAAAAGACAUCGCCAAAGAGGAUGGAUUUUGCGCGCAGCAAGAAGGAAGAAUACAAAAAUACAUGGAAUCAAGUGACGAAAUCACUCCACGCCUUCGCCGCAUUACGGAUAAAAUACGACGUCGCCCAAAACAACUAGAGCUUCCGCCAGUCGUCGAUGGUGUCAAUCGGCUUGCGGAUCGGCUGAAAGAGAGGGAAUUCAAUGGCCAGACAUCCUUUCUUAAGUACUGGCACAAUGAUUCUCGCCAAUAUACUGAGUUGAAAGGCAGGGCUAAAAACCUUUCGGCAGAGUAUGCAAUUAAGGUGCCUAUGGAAGAUCUCGAGGUCGAUGAACCAUAUUCUUCGGGAGGAAGUAAUUAUCGUCUAGCACUUUCUCCGAGACAGCGCGCGCCUACAAUAUCACCUCGAGCCUGUGUCAACUGUUAUGAUCGACAUCAUGGGUGUGACAGAAGUUUGCCUCGUUGCUCUGUCUGCAGCGCAAUUAAUGCAUACUGCGUCUAUCCCACUGUUACUGCUAGAGUAUCUCCAAAGAAGCGGAAGAAGUGGUAGCUGGAUAUGUUUGCAUGGGUGAUAUGCAUUGGUUUUGUCAGCUAUAGGGAUUUCCUUGGGCGACUAGAUUGCUUGUAAUAUGUGUUGAUAUUAGAUGAUUAUGGAGAAGGGGGAGAAGGGGUGGACAAGUCAUAUCGUGCAUAAUCUUAAGCAAAACAACCUCGUCUCCGAGGGGAACAGCUUAUACAGCGCAUUGAGUUUUUCACGAGUAGCUACUCACAAGGAGGAACAUGUCCGGCAGCGUACAAAAAUAGUAGUAA